AAUAUUCGUAAAUAUACAUUGAAUCACUGCCACUGGCACUCGGUGUCAGUGACUCACUGGAUGCAGUGCAGUGCUCCAUCACUCAGAAUGUUUAAGUCGAGUAAGGUUUGCACAGUACUGAUAGAUUUGAGUGGAACCUUGCAUAUAGAAGAUUAUGCUAUACCAGGAGCAGUAAAUGCAUUAAACAGAUUGCGAAGAAAAGUGAAUGUGAAGUUUGUGACCAAUACAACCAAGGAGAGUAGGAGAGUCUUGCACGAGAGACUGCAUAGUCUUGGCUUUGACAUAGAGAAAUCUGAAAUCUUCACAUCACUAUCUGCAGCGAGAAGCUAUGUUGAUACACAUAAAAUUCGACCAUUACUGAUGCUCGAGAAAGAAGCUAUGGAAGAUUUUGAAGGCGUGGGGACAUCCGAUCCAAAUGCUGUUGUCAUUGGCUUGGCACCUAGCUGUUUCAACUAUUCCAAGAUGAAUGAGGCAUUCAGGAUGUUAUUGGAUGGUUCAACGUUAAUAGGCAUCCACAAAGCACGAUACUUAAAAAAGAAAGAUGGUCUCUACCUGGGACCAGGCCCCUUUGUGCACGCACUAGAAUAUGCCACUGGCACACAAGCAGUGGUGCUGGGCAAGCCGGAGAAGGCUUUUUUUCUGGAGGCAUUGCAAGAGUUCAGUUGUCCUCCAGACCAAGCCGUCAUGAUAGGAGAUGAUGUAAUAGAUGACGUUGGUGGUGCUCAGAAGUGUGGAAUGUUAGGAAUCCUUGUACAAACAGGUAAAUAUAGAAGCAAAGACGAAAGCAAAAUUCAACCAGCUCCGCAUCUCACGUGCCCAGAUUUUCCAGCCAGCGUUGACUAUAUAAUUGACAACUUGUUAUGACACCGCUAGAACCUUCUAGUACAGAGUUUCUUCUAAAUAAGAGGUACUGCGGCGCACCGCCGUCGUAAAAUUUAACAACGCCGUUGUGAAAAUCUUCCUGUAUUUACCUGCCGUUGUCAAACUAGUGUCAAUGCAAAAAUAAAUAGAUCACCAUCAUGACACCAUGUGCUUCUGACUAUAUACAUGGAAAAUCGUAAUGAAAUUCA